AUGAAACAAGAAUCACUUUUUUGUCAGCUCUUACCUGAUAUGACUAAAUAUUCAGCUCAUUUAACACCAAUGCGCAUUUUUCACUCGGAUGAGAAACAAAAAUCUAUUCACGACUUGAACACUCAAACAGCAUCAUUCAUGUGGUUCCAGUUACUCAUUCGAAUUAUACUCACUAUGGAAAACAAUCGUGAUGAUCGUGCUAAGAAAGAUCUUAUUGAUGUUUGUCGAAAGCGUUACGAAGGUAAUAUAAUCGAACAACAGCGUAUAACAGAAUUUGAAAACAAUUAUAGAUCAGGUCAAGCGAUAUAUUGGUAUACUAGAGAUAGCUUUCUUUAUCGUUCAGUGAAUAGAGCAUUUCGUACAGCAGAUAUUGAUAUCAUCUAUCAAUUUCGCUUCAUUAUUGCUGAAAUUCAUGAGCAAUUAGAGACCUUAUCUAAUUCGUCUACUGCUAAUUUANGAAACAAUAUCAACAUGGUACAAACGAAAUUAGAGUUUCUCAAAACUGAGAUAAAUGGUAGGCUUGAAAUGAUGAUUGAUAAAUCAGAGAUCUCGAAUGGUUAUUAUGGUUUGACAUGGACGAAUGCUUAUGUACUUGAUACACAAAUAUAUCCACAAUGGUCUGAAAGUGGUUUUUAUUCGGCUAUAAAAUCUGGUACUUGGGUUGCAUUCAAUAUGAAUGGCGAACGAAUGACAAUUUCUAUAGAUACACCAAGCACAUUUAGUAUAAAAUCAUUUGUUGUCUCAUCUGCAUGGAAUGAUUAUGUUACAUUAUCGAUGGUUUCGCAACGUGCAUCAACGUAUUAUAAAGAAGCAUCAUUUAAAAUUGAAAAAAAUCGUUCAACUACGAUUGAAUUAAACUGGUUCGAUAUUAAUACAAUCACAUUCUAUGCAUCAAUUAAUAAUAGUCGACAUGGAGAAGUAUUUGUUAUUGAUGAUUUAUGUUUGGACUCAACCACGCUGUCAACAUCAACAUCAGCCAGCAUUGAAGAUAAAUGUUCAUUGAACGAAAUAUUCUAUCAAGGUCAUUGUUACUACUUGGAUGGUGUAGGAGGAGAAUGUCCAUAUGAUUAUAGUCUUGGAUCAGAAACGGUUUUAUCUGUUAUAGCUGAUUCAUUUAUUGGUUUAAAUUAUAAAACAGCGAUAUCAAAUAACUGUUGCGUUGUAACGUCUGAAAAAUCCUCAAAUUACGGAAUUAAUUCAACAGACCAAUGCAACAAACAAGGACCAUUUACAGUUGUGCCCAGUUACAAUGGUGGUGGAUGUCGAAAUUAUACAACUAGGCAUUCAAGACAAUUAACAUUUUGUAUGAGCAAUUAA